UCAGCGUCUUUACUUCCGCAUAGAGCGUUCUAUAGUGAAGAAGUGUACUAACGGCAAAGCUUUAAUAACAUUCACACAGCGAUUUAUAAUAUAGGUAUCUAUAGUAUUAUUUAUAAUAUAGGUAUCUAUAGUAUUAUUUAUAAUAUAGGUAUCUAUAGUAUUACGUUACAUAUUCAAAUAUUUUAGUGAUGGCUUCCAGGAAAUAUAAAUAUAAAUAUCAACGGCGGCAAGACAGUACUUCGGCUGAACAUUGUUGUGUCCCGUUAUGUGAGGCCUCGUCAAAGUUUAAUUCUAUACUGAGUUUCCACACUUUUCCUGUGGACGAAGAAACACGCAGAAAGUGGAUUCACAACAUUCGACGUGAGAGAUUUAACAUCACAUCUCAUACAAGGGUCUGCAGUCGUCACUUUAAAAGUGAUGAUCUGAUUGAGCCCUCGACCCCUAAAGGGCGUCGCUUGCUGCCAAAGGGAGCUGCACCAACCUUAUUCCAGUGGAACGACUACUCCGUGGCUGAACCGAGGCGCUCCGGGGUAUGGCAAAGACGGGACACUCAAGUGGAUGAGGUUCCUGAGCCAAUGAAUGUUCAUUAUCUGGAGCAUGAUUAUUGUUUAGUCCCAGAACCCGGGGCAGUUGAUAAUGCACUGGACAAGACCGAAGAUCUCGAAAAAAAGGUGGACCGACUAAUGAGACAGGUGGAGGAGCUGUCAGUCCGUCAAAGAUUUUGUUUGGGGCGAUUUGCUGCUUCCGACGAUGAUAUAAGGUUCUACACUAGGUUCAUGACUUACAGGCAUUUAAUGAGUUUCUGGAAACUCAUUGAACCUGCAUCCCACAAAAUGAUUCGUGUCACCAGAGCAAGAGCAACUACAAUGAGGAGUGAAGCUGAAACAAGAGACAGUACAUGGGGUCAGUCCCUGCAGCCCAUUGAUGAGUUCUUCCUCUUCAUGAUCCACCUCUCAGUUGGCCAAACACAGCGGGAUCUGUCCCACAGAUUCAACAUUCAUCAGUCUACAGUUAGCCGAAUUAUUACAACCUGGGCCAAUUUUUUGUACACCAUUCUUGGCUCUGUUCGCAUAUGGAUGUCUGAGGAGGAAGUCAAAGCGCAUCUACCCAAUGAGUUCCGGGACUACCCAGACACACAAGUGGUGAUUGACUGCACGGAACUGCGUUGCCAAACUCCAUCCUCUCUCCUGCUUCAAAGUGAAGUCUUCUCCAAUUACAAGUCCCACUGCACGUUCAAGGGGUUAAUCGGCAUGGCACCACAUGGUGUGGUCACCUUUGUGUCUUCCCUGUAUGCAGGAUCUGUCAGUGACAAGGAGCUUUUUAAGCAGUCUGGGAUUGUGUCUCUGUUGAAACCUGGGAUGGCAAUAAUGGUCGACAAAGGUUUUCUUGUUGAUGAGUGUGUGCCAUGCAAAGUCUACAGACCUGCUUUCCUGUCAAAAAGGAAACAGCUGACGGCUGAUGAGGUAAAGAAGACACAGUCCAUUGCUCGGCUGAGGGUCCACGUCGAGCGUCUCAUCCGCAGGGUGAAGGAACACAAGCUGUUCGACACAGAAAUCCCUCUUUCCAUCACAGGGAGCAUCAACCAGCUGUACACUGUUGCUUGCCUCCUUGUAAAUUACCAGAAUGGCCCCUUAGUAAAAGCAUGGGCAAAGGAUUAAAGACAAGAUAACUUUGUUUGGGGAUUGAUGAAUUUGCAUUUAUUUUUGUCCAAAUAGAAAUAUUGUAAAUAUAAAUAACUUUGUACAGUAGCACUGCAGGAAAGUAAACAUGUAAAUAUAAAUAACAUUAUACAGUUGUUCCACUGCAGGAAUGUAAACAUGUAAAUAUAAAUAACUUUGUUACAGUCUUUAACAUUAUGUACAGUGAUGUUGAGUAAAUA